AUGAAAGCAGAAGCAUGGAUUCUUGAGAUGGAGAAAAUGUUCGAGGUUUUUCCCAGCACUGACACUCAGAAGGUGUCACUAGCAGCAUUCACAUUGGAAGACGACGCCCGUAGAUGGUGGAUGAUGAUUCGAGAAGGCAACCCAGACUUGACUUGGGCCAGAUUUUUGGAGCUGUUCUACGACAAACACUUCCCGCUCAGUGUACGAAAUCGCAAGGCUACAGAAUUUCAGAUGUUGACACAGGGAAGCAAGACAGUGGCAGAGUAUGAUCGUGCGUUCACUGAGUUGGCAAGGUAUGCACCUCACAUGGUCGGCAACGAAUACAUGAAAGCUAGGAAAUUUGAGAGUGGACUUCGAGGGCCGAUACAAGACCAGGUUAAUUUGCUCAACGUGCCAACGUAUGCCGGAGUGUUAGAUAAAGCUAUCCUUGCAGAAGCCGACCUGAACAGAAGUCAAAGUUCAGGAAAGAGUUAG